UGAUAACAAGGACAAUUAGUCAGGGCUAAGUUCAGAAGGGAAUGUUAUCUUAUACAUUAGGCACGUGGAAGAUCACAAAGUAAUCUACAGAGAUGACAUACACCAAUCUGUAUUUCCACCUCGGACUGUAUCUCUGUGUUCUUGUGUCCUGCUGCCACACAAAACACUGUUUCUCAGAGGACAGUCCUUGCAUCAGUGAAUUCAAACUCUGGGCUCUUGAUGCGAACCGUCAAGGGUUUGUUGAAAUAUCCCUUCCAGCGCAGCCUCUUGCAAUAUCUCAAUACAGUAUAAAGUUGAUGUCGGUGUCCUCCGAGCACCAUGUCGCACUGCAUGAAGACCCUAACCGGAACCGGACGUACGCCAUAUGUGACAUUGCACUAGGGGAGUUGCUGGAUGACCAUCAACCGUGGGCCAUUGUACUGUUGGAACGUGGAACUGUCAUUGAUGGUGUAAUUUAUACAUUUAACUAUUCAGAUUCUCGGACCUACGCUCUCGAACCAGACACUGUUUUGGUUGAUAUUGUUUCCGUUGACAACAAGAGUCUCUCGGUCAGUUGGUGUGGCUCAUCAUAUACUCUGACAUUAUCCACGAAGUGGGAGGAGAAUGCUUGCCCUACUGAUGUUGCUGAAUCUGAGGGAGCUGACAGUGUUGACGAGUUAGAAGAUGAACAGGAUGAUUCCCCUCACAAAGGUUCAGCUUCUACAGAAGAACCAACCUCGCAGUCAUCAUCAGCGUCCUCAAAGCGUACAACACAACCAAGUUCAGCUUUUACAAAACAACACCCAACCUCGCAGUCACCAUCAGCGUCCUCAAAGCGUACAACACAACCAAGUUCAGCUUCUACAAAACAACACCCAACUUCGCAGUCACCAUCAGCGUCCUCAAAGCGUACAACACAACCAAGUUCAGCUUUUACAAAACAACACCCUAAAUCGCAGUCACCAUCAGCGUCCUCAAAGCGUACAACACAACCAAGUUCAGCUUUUACAAAACAACACCCAACCUCGCAGUCACCAUCAGCGUCCUCAAAGCGUACAACACAACCAACUUCAGCUUUUACAAAACAACACCCAACCUCGCAGUCAUCAUCAGCGUCCUCAAAGCGUACAACACCACCAAGUUCAGCUUCUUCAAAACAACACCCAACCUCGCAGUCAUCAUCAGCGUCCUCAAAGCGUACAACACAACCAAGUUCAGCUUUUACAAAACAACACCCAACCUCGCAGUCACCAUCAGCGUCCUCAAAGCGUACAACACCACCAACUUCAGCUUCUACAAAACAACAACCAACCUCACAGUCAUCAUCAGCGUCAACACAGCCUACAUCACCACGAAUAACAGCUUCUUCCAAACAACCAACGUUGCCAUCUUCACAUCCCCCCAGUAAGCCUGUUGCUACUACAGAACAUGGACCAACAGAAACAUCUGGAACUGAAGAGUCAUCUAGUUCCUCGGGAUAUACCAACACUGUGCCUGUGACAGCGUCAUCUCCAUCAACGUCCUCGGCUACUGUUGCACCGUUCCCCCAAAACCCCGUUAUCAACGAAGUCAGCCUUCUUGUUCAGAAUGGUGUCAACAACUCAUUUAUAGAACUAAAAGGGCCCAACAUGACCCUGGACGACUACUCCCUCGUGGUGUUUGACGGCAAAUCUAAAGAGACACUCUUCCACAAACGAUUUGGCAAAAAUGAAGAAAUGGAUGGGAACGGUCUCUUUGUAGUGCAUUACUUUCUGAAACGCAACCACACAGCCAACGAAUCGUCAGUGGCAGUUGCCUUAUACAACAACUCCAAAUGGCUCAAAAACUACACCGAGCACAUCCCCAUCAAUCAGAUACAUGGACUGCUGGACUCCUUCAUAGUGCGCACAACAGAGGACAGUAUCCACAAGGACAUCUUGGAGAACCUAGUACCCCAACAGACCAAGAGGAUCUUCACUGUUAAGCCAAGUUUGUUGAGAGGAAGAUCGCACAUUAGCUUCAGCAGGUGCACAUGCUUGGGUGAUGACAUCAAAGAUCCAGGAUGCUUCAUCUUGGCCCCCCUUACCGUCGGUCAGCCCAACAACUGUACCACGGGCUACGGAAACAGGGUCCAGUUUAAACUCACAAAUGCCAACUGCGAGGACUUCCAGUCAAACAAACAGAAACAGCGGGACCUGGUUGACGUCAUUGUCAACAGCGUCAACGCCAAGUGCAGUUGUGGAUUGUCGCAGGUGCUUGUGAAGGAGAGGAAGUACCUCUGCGGGAGCCUCAUCUUCGAAGCCUACAUUGAAUCAAGUUUCCCAUGGCAGUCCGAACUCAUCUUCCACGGCUUCCGCAACUUCGUCCACAGUUCCAAGACCGUCAUCGUCGGUACCCGCAGCUACGUCACCGACUCCAGCUGCUUCCAGGACUGCCUUCCCCCUGCCGUCAAACCCGGCAAUACAGGCGACAACAACGUGACCUUGACAGUGGCUGUCGUGGUGUCUUGUGUUGGCGUCUUUCUCAUCGUCGCGAUGAGCGUCAUCAUCUAUAUCCGCCGGAAGAAGAGGAGCAUUGUGACGUUCCGGUUGACGAACCUAGGGGAGCUGGACACGUCGGGGAUGUUGCACGAGGACAAAGACGACCUCAUUGAUGAGGACAACGCGACCUUCAGGACCAUCUCCAUCGCCUCCUAACUCUGCACAUCCAUCUGCUCUCGCCUCAGCACUUGACACUGUGAAGUCAUGAAGACCUGAAACUUGUGUAUAAUCAUUAUUAUUACCAACGCUCAAACGAAACACUAUGAAAAGCGAAGGAGCGAAUACAACUUAACGCCUGCGACGUUUCAACUGUAUAUCGCACCAGUGGCCUUCGUCUUUACUGGUGCCGUCACCAGAUAUUGGUUGAGGGCGCUUGUCACAUUACACCCUCUCCUAUCCAGAGUAUGUGACAUAACACCCCGGUUGUGCAUUAUAUAUUUCUCAUGAUAAAUACCCUGGUCCCAUUCGCCAAAGAAUAGUUUCAAAUUGCACGACGCUAAAAAUAGCCGUCCAAUCAAAUUACUGUCACGAGCGAGAGAAAUUUAGUGCUAAGUUUGGGCGUUGUAUAGAGGGGCUUUCAAGCUACGUGUUUUACCCAGUUGAUAAAUUGCAAGCUGCAGCAAUAUACAGUGUGAAUGACUUGAGGACAUUCUAGAAGUUGGUGAGGAAAUAAGAAAACAUACAACUUUAUGGAUAACAACUGGUUUACUGCAUGUAGCGACGUUUCGAUGUAGAUUCUUACACUGUCAUCCACUCCAGCUUGAUAACGAUGUAGGAAACCAUAGGGAGACGUUGCUAAGUGCAGUAAACGUGAAGUUGUUAUCCGUGAAGUUGUGUGUUUUGUUACGUAAGGACUAUCCUAUCGCAAAUAUUGUUAUCCUCAUAUAUGACAAUACAUUCGGGUUAUCUUUGAUGGACUGAUUGUGGAUGACCUGCCUGGUAUCUGUGUACAAGUGAGUGUUGAUGUGGCGGAUUUGUAACCGAAUUAACAUAUGGCGUGAUUUAAUGGGUAUAGCUUAGUCUCUGAAAAUAUAUAAUUUUGAUAGAAUUAAACAGCUCCAUUUGAAUUAAAAAGGAGUCCCCGGUGAGGUGGGUGUUGAACUGUGGAAAAUCUAGACUUGCUUAAUUUAGUGCUAUAUCAUUACAGUAAGGGCUGGGAGGAAGGGUUAUUCUUGUGUUCGAGGCGCCUGUGUGUUAUAUCUAUGAUCUGCCUGUGGAUCCCGGAGUCUUCUCCCACGAGAUACAUCCCUUGUGUUGUAUUGACAAGAGGAUGAGUGUUAAGUGUUAUUUAUAAUCGAGAUCUUGUGCGAUCUCAUUAAAUCUUUUCGUGUAUGAUUUAGAUACGAUGUCGCUCUUUAAACAGAUAGGUAUCGGGGCAAAAGUUCCGAUUGUAAUGAGAUUGUAUUUUUGAGUGUUUGCAAGAUUCAGAUAUUUCAGAUAUUUCCCUGUAGGUCAUAUUUGACCAGUGUGGAAGUCUCAUAUGUUUCAAGGUGUGCAGAGUUGCGUCCCUUGGGCACGCCAGAAACGUAUGAUCGGGGUUCGAAUCCCGAUUCGCCCCGAUUGUUUCUAGGUUUGUCAGCACCAUACUCGUGUUCGUGGGUUUCGCCAAAGUAGUAAACUUUUAGGACCUGCACCACUUCGGGCUUUCCACGCACAUUAAGCUGAGACGCCGUGAUAUAACUGAAAUACUGUUCAAAGCGGCGGUAAACCCAACUCAUUCUCUCACUCGUAUGUUUCAACAUAGCACAUAGCACUCCAUUUAUAAUACAGUAUCAUUCUCACUUACUCUACAUACGUGGGCACGAUCUUCGAUCUUAAAAGAAUCAUUCUCAUUUAAACAUGUUUUUUUUAGAAAUGGCGUUAAAUGAAAACCAAGACGAAAAUGGUUAUGACAGUUACAAUAUUUAGACAAUAUCAAGAUGUAGAACAAACAUUAAUUCAGCUCAUGUGUAUAUACAACAUACCAGGAGCGAAGAAUGAUUCAUAUUUUCAUGUCAAAUAACUUUGAACGACUUGUAAAUAAAAUGUAAACUGCUUUAAAA